CCGACCACAACCACCACGGAGAGAUUUUAUGGGCUCGGUUCCGGGGACAAUGGACAAUGAGGGGUGACCAAGCUUACUAUGGCUCGUUUAUGCGCAUGAGAAUGGAGCAAACUAUAUAAAAGCAGUGAUCUAAUCCGCAUCAGUUAAGAUGAAAGAGAAGCAUAGAUUGUAGCUUAUUUGCUCUUCUUUUUCUUGUCCUCAGUCACAUUCACAAUGGUUAGCUUCUCCGUCCUUCAACUCUUGGCUGCUAGCGCCACGCUGGUCGCCGCCCUUCCCGCUGCCCAGCCCACGGACAUCAACGAUUCGGAUCGCGAUGUUGCUGCUCGCGAGGCCCUUCAGCUUGGCACGGCCAUCCACGGCGCCCUGGACUUGCCCACUACGAUCCAGGAGAUGGAGAUGCCUGAGCCUACUCCUGGUCCUGAAAUUGACGUGGCUGAAGCGGCUGUUGCUGCUGCCAAGCAGAUGACUGUUGAGAUCAUUAACAAGCACGGCGCCGAUAUCAAGACUGUCCACACUGGCGGAGAAGCCGUUGGUAAGCCUGGCGCUGGCAAGAUUGGCAAGGGAAAGACGGCGCGCUUUGUUGUCAACGCUGGCUGGCACGGUACUGUGGCCAUUAACGACGCCAAGCACAGCGAUACUACCGGCGAUGAGUCCCUGAUUGAGGGCUCGUUUGUCAACCAGGGCGCUGGUCAUGCCCAGGGAGAUGUCAACAUUAGCUUCGUUGAUGGCUUCUCUGUCCCCAUUGUCUGCUGGUGUGACGAGAACAACGUCACCACUGGCUGCAACAAGGACCUCAACAAGCUCAACAAGUGCCCUAACCCCAACGGCCAGGGCUCGUGCAAGAACCCCUUGCGCAACGACAACGGUGCCAAGUCCCCUACCAAGUACUUUUCUCCCUGCCAUGCUGCUGGUGGCGCCUACACAUUUCCCAGCGAUGACAAGGCCAACAACCUCAACCAAAAGUGCCCCAAGGAGAAGUACACUUGCUGCGUUGGUACCUCGUGCCGCUCGCACCCUUAG